AUGACAAAAAUCACUCCCAAUUCCCAGGGGCUAAAGAGAUCCAAAUAUCAUAGAACCAAUUCAAAAAGGCUAAUGAAUAUAACUUCUCUUUCAGAUCCAUACAAUGUCACCGGAAACACCAUCGAAUUGACAAUUUCCUCCUGUUUGGCAUACAGGUACCAUAUUAAAGCAAUUAAAUGGUCCAGCAUGCCUGGUUUCCUUAAUAUGCUCCAGGGCUUCUCCAGCCAGUGGCAGAGUUGGAUUGGUCCUCCAGAUUCCCAGUCCCAUGCUCUUCCCACUAGGCAUACUAACUCAUUUUCCCGACAUGAUUCGCUUCCAAGCCACUCUAGAGGGGGGAUGAAUCAGAUGACUUUGGGGGUCUCUUUCUGCCCUACAAUUCUAAGAACGAGUUGGAAAGGGAAUAUAUUGGAUCCUUCAGAGAAGCCUCCUCACCCCAACAGACUUGACAAGCCCUUCAUUGUUCUUUCAGAGAUGAUUUUGUUGGCAGUCGUGUACUGGAUCGUGGUGACGGACCAGGCUGUUGGCGUGGCAGACCCUUCGUUUCCAGCUUUGCAAACAAACAACCCAAGUGUUCAAAAAGAGAUUGUUGAUCAAUUCAAUGAAAUAAGAAGACAUGUGAAUCCAACUGCUAGCAACAUGCUGAAGAUGGCUUGGAACUCAGAAGCUGCAAGGAAUGCAAAAAACUGGGCAGAGAAAUGCACUAUGACCACCAGCCCUCCGGAAGAACGACGCAUUAAGAAUACCACCUGCAGUGAGAAUUACUACAUGUCCACUUCUCCCAUAUCCUGGGCUGAGACCAUCCAAAAUUGGUAUGGAACUAUAUCUGAGUUCAGCUAUGGUAGCAAGACAACUAGAAGAGGUGCUCCAGUAAACCUUUAUAGCCAGAUGGUGGCAGCCAACACACACCAGAUUGGUUGUGCAGCAGCCUUCUGCCCUGACAGUAAAUUCCAGUAUGUUUAUGUUUGUCACUACUUCCCGCCACGAAAUUCCUUAGACUCUCCAGACACACCUUACGCCAAAGGAACCCCCUGUGCAGAGUGCCCUGACUCAUGUGACGAUGGACUGUGCACUGAUCCCUGCAUUUUUGGAGAUACCUUCUAUUCCAGCUGUCCUGAUUAUAAGAGAAAGCCCAGUCCUUUAUUUCCCUCUCUGUCAACUGAACAAGCAUCCAUCCAAAAAGAGAUUGUUGAUAAGCAUAACGACUUAAGGAGGAUGACUGAUCCCCCAGCUCGCAACAUGCUGAGAAUGGCCUGGAAUGCAGAAGCUGCAAAAAAUGCUGAAAACUGGGGAAAGAUGUGUACCUUGUCCCACAGUCCCACAGAGAAAAGAAGAAUUAACUUUGCUGGCUGUGGAGAAAAUUUAUUCAUGUCCAGUUACCCUAGCUCAUGGUCUGAUGCUAUCCAAGCUUUUUAUGAUGAAGUGAAAGAUUUUAAGUAUGGAUUUGGGGCCACCAAAGAAGGUGCUAUAAUUGGUCAUUACACACAGCUUGUUUGGGCCACUUCUCAUCAGCUGGGUUGUGCAGUAGUUCACUGUCCCUACCAGGAACUCCAGUACUACUACGUUUGUCAUUACUGCCCUCCAGGAAACUUUAAAGACACUCUUGUGACCCCUUAUAAGAUUGGAAAGCCAUGUGCUGAUUGUCCUGAUCACUGCGACAGGGGAUUGUGCACCAAUCCCUGCAUGUACGAGGAUGAAUAUAACAACUGCCCGGAUUUAGCCAAAAACCCUGGGUGUGAUGACGAAAACAUCAAGAAGGUGUGCCAGGCUUCCUGUAAAUGUCUGACAGAAAUUAAAUGA